CUGAGGACUUGCAGCUUCUCUGAAGGCAGAGCAGAAACAGACUGAGAAAGUCCAGAGAGGAAGGGUUGAGGUCAGGAUUCUCCUGACACAGGCGACCCCGGCUCUGAGACGCGCUGGGCCACGCGCAGCCACAGCGAUGCCUGGAGGAGCCUGGGUGCUGGUCACUGGACUGAUGCUUCUGGUCCCAGGGGAAGGCCAGCGAGCUCAGGAGUGCUCUCCCGGAGGCCACCAGUUUCUUCAGAGUCCUUACAGAAGUGUUCACUUUGAUUCAAUGCACCUCCAGCAGUUAGCUGAUCAAGACCUGAUCUGUGACCAUUCUCUCACCCCGGGAUGGUACCGCUUUUUCAUCUUUGACAGACCUGCUGAGAUGCCAACCAAAUGUGUCGAGAUGAACCAUUGUGGAACUCAGGUCCCCAUCUGGCUGUCUCUAAGUCAUUCAGAGACACUGCCUCUUCCUGGAGAGAUCAAACAACUGACAGCUUGUGCCACUUGGCAGUUUUUGCUUAGCACUGAAAAAGACUGCUGCCUCUUUCAAAUCCCAGUGUCUGUUCGAAACUGUGGGAAUUUUUUUGUGUACUGGCUACAACCCACUCAGGGAUGCAUGGGAUAUUGUGCUGAAGCUAUUUCUGAUGCAAAGUUGCACCCAUGUGGCCCUGAAGAAGUAGAAAUUGGAGGUGGCUGUGUUCGCCAGCUGUCUGCUGUGUGGCCUCCUCCACCUCCAGGCAGGCCAGAGGUUGCUGUGGAGCUGGUUGGGUCCCAGCUGUUUUGUAGGUGUGCUUUUGCUGUUCCCCCCACAAACAACUCAGUGGGAUUUCUUGUAGCCUGGUCUAGGCUUUCUUCUCAAGAAAUCAAAGAAGAGCUGAAACAGGAGACCACCGUUCAGGCGUUCUCAUUCUUAGAACUUGAUGGUGUAAACCUUAGACUGGGAGACAGAAUAUUCUGCAGCGCUUCCCUCUUUUUCUUGGAGAAACCAGAUAGACAAAGCUUAGCCGUUGAAAGUGAAGAAUUUUUUGCAGGAAUUAAGUUAAAACCUGAACUGAGCACUAUUUCAGAAGAUGGGAAGGAAUACCAGCUGAGCAUAGAGAGUACAGUUCCUGUUAUUUGUCCUGAAUUUAGUGAGCUUGAUCAAAGAUGCAAAAUCUCAUUAAUACUAAGAACCAUUGAAAAAGAUAAAGAACAUCUAGGUUUAAACUUGGCACUGUCUUCCUGUCAUGUGGAUCUUCACCAGUCAUCAUCUUGUGCCAAUGGAACAUGCAGUCACGCUGUGGUGUACUACACUGCUGUCAUAGACAUUUCCCAGGAUGGAGAAAGAGUUACUGACAUCGUAGUGGAACCUAUAGUUCAUGAAGAUUUCCUGUGGAACAGCUACACUCCAGACAGUGUUCAGAUCAAAGUCAAGAAUAUCCCAUCUGCCUACUGCUACUCAUUUACUGAUCCACAUAUAAUUACCUUUGAUGGCAGGGUAUAUGAUAAUUUCAAGACUGGAACGUUUGUCCUUUAUAAGACUGUGUCCCGUGAUUUUGAGGUCCACGUACGUCAGUGGGACUGUGGGAGCCUUUACUAUCCUGUGUCAUGCAACUGUGGCUUUGUUGCCAAAGAAGAAGGUGAUAUAGUGACUUUUGAUAUGUGCAGUGGUCAGUUACAUGGAUCACAGCCAUAUUUGUUUGUAAAGAACCAAGAUGCAUCUAGCAACAUCAAGAUAACAGAAUCCUAUUUAGGAAGAAAAGUCACAAUUUGGUUUUCCUCUGGAGCGUUUAUCCGUGUAGACCUCAGUGAGUCGGGUAUGAGUCUAACACUCAGAGCUCCUAGUUUAGACUACAAAAACACAUUGGGACUUUGUGGCACCUUCGAUGAAAAUCCAGAAAAUGAUUUCCAUGAUAAAAAUGGCAUGAAAAUUGAUCACAGCUUUAACAAUUAUGCUGCUUUUAUUAAUGAAUGGAGACUUUUACCGGGAAGAAGCAUGUUUGACAGAGUAGCAGCGACUCAGACACCUCCAAGAAAGCCAGUGUAUUGUAGCUGCUGGCCAGAUACUUUCUCCCAGAAUCUGCUUUCCAACCAUCUAGACAGUGGUUCUCACUCAGAAGAAGCUAUCAGUUGCAGAGACCUCAAGCCCAUUCAAUUUUCUUUGAUACCAGACCUAGAUAUCACCUCUGAAUAUAUUAAUUCAGAAACUCUUGUCAGAAAAAUAGACAAGCACACACUCAAGGAAGAAAAUAAUUUGAAUGUCUUACUACAAGCAAAAGCCCAUAUAAACCUAACUGAACCCAACUCAAAUUUACAGCACCUUAGGAAUGAGACACAAAAUCCACCGAAAUAUUUGAACAGUGAGAGGCGCACACAGGACCAGAAGACAAUGAGGAAUCUACAAAACAGAUGGAAACAACAAAACUUGAAUGACUUUCCUUCUGGGUUUGCUUCCCAAAGUCUUGGCCAAAACAACAUGGAAGAGUUCUCUUAUUUUUUCCCUGAGGACCACACUGCUGACAUCCAGCAAGAGGUUGCCCCAUCAUGGCCAACAGCCUCUGGCCUCACCGAGUACAGCACUUUGGCACUCUGUCAGCGAACUCUAGUCAACUCCAGCAUUGGAAGGCUGUGUCUUCCCUUUCUAGGCAGGAAACUAGACCAUGUUAUGGACAUGUGUGUGAAGGAUGUUCUAUUAAAGGAUGAUGUUAGCUGGGCAGAAGCAGGAGUAGCCCUGUUAGAAAACGAAUGUGAGAAGGGGAUUUUGGAAGAAGGAAAACACAACACAAAAGAGUAUAGCAAAUCAAUAGAAGACAUCCUUGAAGUAUUAAAAUGCCCCAAUUUAUGCAGCGGCCAUGGGCAGUGUAUGGACUGGGGGUGUGCGUGUUUCCCAGGCUACAGUUCCUACGACUGCAGUGAUUCAUAUGACAAAGCUCCUGAAAUUACAGAACUUGAGAACUAUGGCUUCUGUGAUACUCAGAAGUUUAACUGUGCCACAGUGAGAGUUUUUGGUCAAGGCUUCAAAGACUCACCUUCCAUCACGUGUGAAGUAACUAAACUGCAGUUUAGUGGCAGUAACUGGGUGCUUGGAGAACGUCUGCAUGCACAGGCAGUCUUUCAAAAUAGCAGAAUUGUUGAUUGUCAGCUACCCACCAAUGACCAACAGUCUAAUACCAUGGGUCUAAUGGGUGAGAAACCAUUUUCAAAGUGGCAACUGAAGGUAUCUAAUGAUGGGUUUACAUUUAGUAAUUCCAAAAUAAUGAUCAUAUAUGAUGGAGCUUGUCAAGUUUGUGGCCCAUAUGAAAAUGAUACAUGCACUGUAAAGGAAAAUGUUUGUGUUAUUGAUAGACUCUGCUACACUGAAGGAGCUAAAAAUCCUACCAGUCCUUGUUUGAUUUGUAGACCCCAAAUCUCAAAUUUUACUUGGUCAUCUUUAGAAAGUAACCAGCCCCCUGUGAUUCAAACAUUGCAAGACAAAUUACAGGCAUUUUAUGGGGAAAACUUUGAAUACCAGUUCAUGGCCGUUGAUCCAGAAGGUUCUAAGGUCCAUUUUACACUGGAUUCUGGUCCUGAAGGAGCAAGUGUUUCCUCUGAAGGACUUCUUACAUGGAAAUCGGAGUCACAAAUUGCCCAGAGAUUCAAUCUACGCCUUAAGGAUGAUUGUGAGGCUGAAACUACAGUCACAGUUGAGGUGACUGUGAAGUCUUGUGACUGCUUGAAUGGUGGAUCCUGUGUGUAUGAUAGGACAUUCCCUCCAGGAAGUGGAGCAUACCUCUGUGUCUGUUUGCCUGGCUUCCAUGGUGGUCUUUGUGAAGGAGAUACUAGUGGGUGCCAGUCAAACCCUUGUGGCCUUGGAAAAUGCAUUGGAGGCUUACACAAUUACUCCUGUGACUGUCCUCCUGCACUCAAAGGCAACAACUGUGAGGAAGAUGUUGAUGAGUGUGAAUCCUGGCCUUGCUCUCCAGGAGUGGAGUGCCUCAAUACCUUUGGCUCCUAUGGUUGUGGCUCAUGUCCAAAAGGAUUUCAUGGUGAUGGGAAAAUAUGUCAUGAUUUGAACUUUCAACCACUAUCAACAGAGGAUUUACUAACAAGUACAAACUUCACCCACAGUCCUAUGACCACUAUCAAAGAGUUCAUAAACACACUGAGCAUUGCCCACUUACCACUGAACUCUGUUACAACUCCAAUAUAUAAUACAAAGAAGGGUGUUUCUCAUCUGAUAUCAGCUUAUGAGUAUGUGGAUGGUGUUCUCGAUACAAAUCUUUCAUUGGAUGAGAUGGAAAUUCCUGCAAACAAUGGUAGCUCUUUAAGCAUUAAUCAAAACAGUUCUCAUGGUGAAGUAGAAGAUGCAAUCCAGAGCAGUGCCCAAACAGAGACAGGGGUGCAUAAUGCUCCAGUUAACAUGACUUUCCAAAGUUUUACUCAGCAUGGGUUUACGCCAUUGACUACUAAAGCAAUCACUAUUUUACCAGAAAAGUUUGAAUCAGCCAAAAUCUCAAAUUGCACUGAAUCUUCUUGUUUCCUGGGUGUUUCCUGUGUACCAGCCUCAGAUGGCUACUUCAAAUGUGGACGCUGCCCCUUUGGUUAUUAUGGAGAUGGUAUCAAUUGCAGAGCCAUCUGUAGACAUUCAUGUGGGAAAAACAGGGAGUGUGUUGCUCCAAACAUAUGCAAAUGUAAACCUGGUUACACUGGUUCUAACUGCCAAACUGCUAACUGCCACCCUGCUUGCGAAAACCAUGGGAAAUGCAUUAAGCCUAAUAUCUGUGAAUGCCUGCCAGGGCACGGUGGAGCAGCCUGCGACAAAGAGCAUUGUAAACCUCCUUGCCAACAUGGUGGCACGUGCUUGCCUGGCAAUCUCUGUACUUGUGCUUAUGGCUUUGUAGGACCAAGGUGUGAAACAUUGAUCUGUAACAGGCACUGUGAAAAUGGAGGAGAAUGUCUUGCACCAGAUGUUUGCCAGUGCAAGCCUGGCUGGUAUGGACCCACGUGUAGCACAGCUUUGUGUGAUCCUGUUUGCCUCAACGGUGGAUCCUGUUAUAAGCCAAACACUUGCCUCUGCCCUGAUGGAUUCUUUGGUGCACAGUGUCAGAAUGCUGUCUGUCACCCUCCCUGUAAGAAUGGUGGCCAUUGCAUGAGAAAUAAUGUGUGCACCUGUCGUAAAGGGUACACCGGAAGAAGAUGCCAAAAAAGCAUCUGUGAGCCUAUGUGCAUGAAUGGAGGAAAAUGUGUGGGACCUAAUAUUUGUUCCUGUGCUUCUGGUUGGAGUGGGAAACGGUGCAACACACCUACCUGCUUUCAGAAAUGCAAAAACGGUGGUGAAUGCAUUGCUCCUGGUCUGUGCCUCUGUCCUCCCUCCUGGGAAGGAGCACAGUGUGAGAAAUGUAAGGCUCUUUUCUCUCCUGUAUGUUCUGAAUAUGAACCUGUUAGAAUAAUUAAGGUGUAGCUUAUGAUGAAAUACACAGUAGAAAAAAAAAAAAAAACCCUAUACUAAUCCCUUUAGAAAUAAAAAGACGGGUUGACAAGAUAGCUCAGCAGGUAAAGGUGCUUGUUGCCAAGCCUGAAAAUCUGAGU